GACCCGCGAGAAACAACACUCGUCGGGAGUAACGCAGUCGGUGAUCGGCGACGACGUGACGACCAACAGUUAGUCAGAUCGUAUAACAGCAGCAACAACAACAGCUUAUACAUCCGCGACACAGAUCCGCUUUUUCGAGUAAUUACAAACACUAUCCGUCAAACAUCCAUCUCCGCGAUCAAAACAAAAAAAAAACAAGAAAAAAAAAUAGUUCUUCCAUCCCGGUCUACAAAAACUCCCCCUCGUCAUUUCGGUUUCGGUCCUUCAACUUCGUUCCCGCAACUGUGGCUUCAAUCAAUCAAACUGGAUUCCAACAAGCAGUACGUGUCGCGAUUACUUCGCGGCUACCGGAGGCUUAAGAAAUUAUUCAAGCGUGUGGCGAACCAGGCGCUUACCGUUUCGCCACAGCCGGCAGUAACGGUGGAGGGGCCGGUGUCCAAAAUGUCUCCACCGACGAACGACGUGAACAACGGUGUGGUAGCGUCUCCUAGCACCCUGGCGCCUCGGGUUCCACCGACUACGAACCCGUCCCUCACCAACCCACCGACGCACAAGCGUACCCCGAAGGACUUCAUCUUCGGCAAGGUGAUCGGCGAAGGAAGCUUCUCCACCGUUUACCUUGCCAAGGAUAUCCACACCAACAAGGAGUACGCGAUUAAGGUGUGCGAUAAGAGUCAUAUAAUCAAGCAGAAAAAGACCGAGUACGUGAAACGCGAGAAGGAGGUGCUGAACAUGCUCGCGGACGCCAAGCACUCGUUCGUGCGACUGUUCUGCACCUUCCAGGACGCGGAGAGACUAUACUUUGUCAUGUCGUACGCUAAGAACGGCGAGCUCUUGCCUCACAUCAACAAGGUGGGCUCCUUCGACAUCGAAUGCACCAAGUUCUACUCGGCCGAGAUCCUACGCGGUCUCGAGUAUUUGCACGGACUCGGUAUCAUUCACCGAGAUCUCAAGCCGGAGAACAUCCUGCUGGACGAGAAGAUGCACGUGCUCAUUACCGACUUUGGCUGCGCCAAGAUUCUCAAGGACGAUCCGGAGACGCCCGCGGACGCGGACUCUCAACAGCAACAGCGUUUUAGGGAACGCAGCGGCUCCUUCGUCGGUACCGCUCAGUAUGUGUCACCAGAGCUACUGACCAACAAUAGCGUGAGCAGAGCGUCCGAUCUCUGGGCCCUGGGCUGUCUUGUCUACCAGAUGGUCGCUGGCCUGCCGCCUUUCCGUUCGAGGAGCGAGUACGUGAUGUUCCAGAAGAUCCUGAAACUCGAGUAUGAUAUACCGGACGGUUUCUGCGAGUUGGCCAGAUCGUUCGUUAAUCAGCUUCUCGUUUUGGAGCCAACGCAACGAUUGGGCGCUCUGGACGAGCACGGCGCUGGUUAUCCCAGCAUCCGGGCGCAUCCCUUCUUCAAGGGUGUCGACUUCGAAACCCUUCACGAGCAGACACCGCCGCCUAUUUAUCCGUAUUUGCCCGGCACGUCGGAACGAGAAGAGUUGAGGUCGCAAUACAGGGUGCCUGAUAAUCUUGAACCCGGUCUAGACCAUAAACAACUCACCAGGCUUCUCUGGCUGAGUACCGAAGACACCGAUGAUGACAACAGUACAGGCGCAGAGCAACGCGCUGUUAACGCGUUCUUCAACGAGAUAAUCGCAAGCGUGGACAAGCCACUGAGGAGGUGCACUAACAACAGAUCCGACAGCGGCGCUAACAUCGCCAAUCUGACACCGGAACAGAUCAGGAUGCGACUAGAGAAACAGCGCACGAAUCAGUGGCACUCUUUCGUCGAGGGCAAUCUUAUACUGAAACAGGGCUUCGUCAAUAAGAGGAAGGGCCUGUUUGCCAGGCGGAGAAUGCUCCUCCUUACCACCGGACCACAUCUAUACUACGUCGAUCCUUUCAAUAAUGUUCUCAAGGGUGAGAUACCUUGGAGUCCAGAACUCAGGGUCGAGCCAAAGAAUUUCAAGAUCUUCUUCGUCCAUACGCCGAACAGGACAUACUAUCUCGAAGAUCCCGAGGGAUUUGCACUGGAAUGGUGCAGAGCUAUCGAGGAGACGCGAGUUCACUGUUACGGCCUGCAGGAGAUGACCACCGCUUAAAAUGAAAACUGGAGAGAUCCAAAAGACAGAACACAUAAUAAGUGGUAAAGUCCGCGAGUGGCUAUCGCCAAGGUCGAUCUGUUCUCGACGAGAAGAGUUGGCGAAUCGUUUGUUCACGUAUUAGCCCAUAGUAAAAAGUGAACUAGUAGACUUAUUGCGCGCAUUUCGAAUGGUGCGCUCUGUACAGUUUAUAGGCAGAAAUUUAUUAAGCAAAAAUUCCUACCUCCGUCAUCGAGAAUCACCAUCGCGCGGUGUCCAUUAUCACUUACGUUCGCUAUUUAUUGACGACCCUUUAGAGAAUCGCAUCAUCCACGCGCGAAAACCAUACGAUGCGUGCGCGAAGAAAAGACGGAGGAUUAGAGAAAUUUUUAGCCAAGGCUUCGGCUGUGUAUUCGCAGCGCCUGUUGCCGUGUGACGUAACUCGCGUGAGAUCGAGGUCGCCCCGAGGCAAAGGAAAAUAAAGUUCACGCACCCGUAAAUUUCGAUGUUUACAAUUCUCGCGAUAUGCAUAAUCCGGAUCCCACGGCACGAACAGAAAUUUCCACGCGAAUCGGCUUUCGAGGAAUAAAAAUUAAAAAAAGAAAAAGCAAAAGACCGAAUUGUGUCCCAGAAAGGAAUGAAGGAUCCGCCCGUUCGGAGGCGCCCUUGGUCGCGCAAAACACGCUUCGCACGACGCUAUUGUAGUACUUUAUUCCUAAAUAUAGUCCAAUUCCAUACACACACGCGGAUAAAACGAUGCGUAUUUAGGUGAAAUUAAAAGCUGCGCGCGGUAAUGUCGCCGCGCGAGCUUAGACGUCAAUUUAGCCAAAAAAUGGGAAAAAAAGAAAACGAAAAACGCCGUGGAGGAUAACGAGACACUACGCAGCUUUAACGAAACCGUUUUACGUCGCCUGUAAAGGAUCCUCGGAAUCUCGCGACGUUCCGGGCGAUCUUUGCUCUCUUCGCAGUGUACAGACAGUAUUCUUUGUUACGUCGUUCAUCAUCAUCCCCCCCCGCCCCUCUCCUCUUCGCGUAUUUCGUAUUCUCAACCCCUUUUCUCAUAAAUAUUCUCUGUAAAUAUCAUAAACGCGUUUCUACGAAGAGCAGGCCGCGUAAAGGCACUUUGUAACAUAAUAGAUACGUAAGUAGAAUAAAAGGGGAAAAUAUCGUUGUCUUACCACGGCGUUUUUCGCUCGUUUAAUUACGCUUCUCGUCGUCUGGCCCUCGCGGAUUCGAGUGUGCGAUCAGAUGACUUGAGGAAAUAUCGCAGAAAAGGGAAAGAUCGGUGUUCGCACUUUUCUUCCUCCGUUCGUUCGAAGUGGUAGCGAUGAAG